CUCUUCUGGCUUCUACAGGCACCAGGCAUGCCUGUGAUGCAUAGGCAUACAUGCUGGCAAAAUUCAUAAAAUAAAUCUUUUUUAAAAUCUUUGAAAUAGAUUAAUUUUGGCUUACUGCUUUGGAGGUUUUGGUCCAUUGUAAUUGGUAGUGCUGUUUUGAGUCCUGUGGUGAAGUAGCACAUUGCUACAAGAGUAUAUAGCAGAGGGGAAAAAAAAGGAUUAAGACCAGCCAGGGUUACAGUCCAUGCUUCAAGUGCAUGUUCUUGAAGAGCUCCCAUUAGACACCCCCCUGUAGCUCCACUUGGAAGAAUAAGCCUUUGACACUUGGACUUUAGGAAUGUUUUCAGAUCCAGGCUAUAGCCCCUACCCUUGUACAUCUUAAUUCUGACCUAAUCCCCCCACCAAAAAAAAAAAAAUCCCAGAGGGUCCCACCAUGUGGUGGUUCCUUGUCCACAGGAGGUUAGUCUAAAGGCCCAAAUAAGCUCAGGUUUGAGGGGUUUGCCCAAGAGUGGUGUGUGUGCUGUGACACUUAACCUGUGGGUAGGGUACCUAUUUGUCCACUGAUGCUGAUGCUUAGCCUAGUCCCCAGGUCAAAAUAGUAAUACUCAUUUUCUCUACUGAAAGGAUCCUGGGGAAUCUUCAUCAUCCAUCCUUCCAGGGGUUUGUGUCAUCCCAGGAUGCUGGGGUCCAGCCUCCUCCCGCGAUAGAACUGCCAUCCGGAUUCCUGGUUCUCUAGACGGCUUCCAACAAGAUGACCCUGAAUGGCGGCAACGGAGGGAGCCGUGGCGCAGGCAGGGAGCGCGACCGCCGUCGAGGCAGCACACCCUGGGGUCCGGCACCCCCACUGCACCGCAGGAGCAUGCCCGUGGAUGAGCGAGACCUUCAGGCGGCGCUAGCCCCGGGCUCCCUAGCAGCGACUACAGCGGGAACUCGGACACAGGGGCAGAGGCUGGACUGGCCCGAAGGCUCCUCCGACUCGCUCAGUUCAGGAGGCAGCAGCUCAGAGGAGGGCGUUUACAAGGUGCUGCUGCUUGGGGCGCCUGGUGUGGGCAAGAGCGCUCUGGCGCGCAUCUUUGGUGGUAUAGAGGACGGGCCUGACGCAGAAGCCGCAGGGCACACAUAUGAUCGUUCUAUCACUGUGGAUGGAGAAGAGGCAUCACUCAUGGUCUAUGACAUUUGGGAACAGGAUGGGGGCUGCUGGCUGCCUGGCCACUGCAUGGCCAUGGGAGACGCAUACGUCAUUGUAUACUCAAUAACAGACAAGGGCAGCUUUGAGAAAGCGUCAGAACUUCGGGUCCAGCUAAGGCGGGCACGACAAACAGACAAUGUGCCCAUCAUCCUCGUGGGCAACAAAAGUGACCUGGUACGCUCUCGUGAAGUCUCUGUGGAUGAGGGCCGGGCCUGUGCAGUGGUCUUCGACUGCAAGUUCAUCGAGACAUCAGCAGCACUGCAUCACAACGUCCAGGCACUGUUUGAGGGUGUCGUGCGCCAGAUACGCCUUCGAAGGGACAGCAAAGAGGAUAAUGCCCGGCGGCAAGCUGGCACUAGGCGACGGGAGAGCCUUGGCAAGAAGGCCAAACGCUUUCUGGGCCGCAUUGUAGCUCGAAACAGCCGCAAGAUGGCCUUCCGUGCCAAGUCCAAGUCCUGCCAUGACCUCUCUGUUCUCUAAGGCCCAAUGGGCCUCUCGCUUAGUGGGCCAGUGGAUGGGUGGAGGGGCUGGCCCAGCCAACCGCUCUUGAUGCCUCAAGGCUGGCCCAUGAUCUGUGAUUCUCAGAACUGUCAGCUGUGUAUACCCUGUCCCAUGGUCAUGGACAGACAGACAGUGCUGACCAGGGAGGCAACUCCAAGAGGCCAGCCAGGCCUGGGCCCAUGGAGAUGCAUGUGCAGGCCCACGUGCAUACCAAGUAGCCUGAACCCAGCUCAUGGACAGGACUCUGCCUUUCUCCAAGUGGGUGUAUGUGCCCUGGAGUGAGGCUGUUCAGUAUGGUUGCUGUUUGUUUACAUGCAGAUUUUUGUAAUAAAGACUAUUUCCUGACAAGCCA